CUGCAGUAUAUACAUUGUAUGUCUUCCUUGUCAGAAGUCAAAGCUAAGCGCACAUGGCAGCUGUUGACAUGGAACUUUAUCAAGUGUUUGCAGUAAUCCUGUGCACACAAUGUAUCUUCAUUGUUGAUAGUACAGACAAUCAUUGCCUGGUGUUAUCGCAGUCCGGGGCAUGUGAGGAAUGCUAUAUUGGAUGGUAUGGAGCUUACUGUGACAAGAUGUGUCAACACUGUGACACGCGUGGAUGUAGCAAAACAACAGGAGUUUGUAUUCAGUGUGAAACUGGCUAUUACUCUACCAACUGUUCACUGACAUGUCCACCUCAGUGCAGAGAGAGAUAUGGUGACCGUGGGCUCUGUGACCGUACAACAGGGAAGUGUCGGGAAGGCUGUAAACCCACAUGGUGGGGAGAUAAAUGUGAACAAAAGUGUGGAAAACAGUGUAGUGGUUCAGAGUGUUUCUUUUACGAUGGUUCAUGUGCAUCUGGAUGCAAGGACGGGCUUUCCGGGUCUCAUUGUGACAAAACCUGUUCAGUGGGAUGUCUACAUGGCAACUGCAGUCAGCUGGCGGGUGUGUGCCUUCAUGGAUGUAAAACUGGCUUCUAUGGGCGCUCCUGUGACAGACAUUGUACUGAUAAAUGCCAUGACAGUGAUUGCAGGACAGGGGUUGACGGAGACACUCCUCUCUGUACCCACGGCUGUGUACCUGGCUCGAAGCCUCCUCUCUGCGAUAACCCUUGCCUAACCAACUGUUUAUCCUGCACUGAAGCUGGGGUGUGUACAUCGUGCAAGGCAGGGUUCACAGGAACUAGCUGUGAGAAGAAGAAAUGCAACUGUCUUGGUUCCGGUUGUAGCGAUGACAGAAUUUGCGAUGGGUGUCUUGAUGGCUGGCAGGGACAGACCUGUGAGUUGGCCUGCUCUCAAAACUGUCUCAGAUGUCAACAGAAGAGUGGGAACUGCACUACAUGUCGCCAAGGUUUCACAUAUGAUGGAAGAAGUCAAUGUACUUCCGUGAUCCCUGCAGCAACCACCAAAGCCACAACUGAAGGGCAAGAAUCAAAUCUUCCCGUUGUGAUUAUAUCCAUCAUAGUUCCUCUCCUUGUAAUUGUUGCAACUGGGUUUUGUGUCCUUAGGUGCUGCAGAUUCCGAAGAUGUAUCCUGCCAUUAUCCGAGGAACACGAAAGGGAUGAUAAUGCACCUUAA